AUGAGGCCGUGGGCGGCGGUGCUGGCCUUGUGGCUGGUGCUGGGGGCUGCAGCUGGGCAGUCACCCGCCUUACCGAGCAUCAAGGAUAAGACCUUCAUCGAGGACUGCGUGCGCGUCCACAACGACCUCCGCUCCAAAGUGCAGCCAGCCGCCAGCAACAUGCGGUACAUGACUUGGGAUGCAGCUUUGGCAAGGACUGCAAGGGCAUGGGCAAAUAAAUGCAUUUUUGAACAUAACAUAUACUUAAGUAAGAAACAUCAGUGCCAUCCUAAUUUCACAUCUAUUGGAGAGAAUAUUUGGGUUGGAAGUCAUCAAGCAUUCUAUGUUGCUGAUGCCAUUAAAUCGUGGUAUAAUGAGGUCAGAUUCUAUAUUUUUGCAGUGCAGAAAUGUACUAAGGUUUGCGGUCAUUACAUUCAGGUUGUUUGGGACUAUUCUUAUAAAAUAGGCUGUGCUGUUACUCUAUGUAAGGAAGUUGCAGGAAUACGAAAUGCAGCAAAUUUUGUUUGCAACUAUUCACCAGGUGGUAAUUUUCCAAGAAGACCAUAUAUAGAAGGAAAAUCAUGCAGUAAUUGUGCAAAAGGGGACACCUGUGAAAAUAAACUGUGUAGAAAUCCAGAACGUGAUAAAAUUAUGUAUUAUUCAAGAUGGCACCCCCCUUGGGAGUUCAGAAUUGUAUGCGAUGAGGCUUGUAUCACUCUUGUAGUUUUGAGAGCAUCGCUGAUGUUUCUUGCUUUUGUAGCUGUUUAUUUUAUCAAAAAACACUUUACAAACAUGAAUAUAUCCACUUAACUGGAUUUGAAAUAUAUACUAUCUUCUGAAGAUACUUGCUAAUGAAAUAAGCAAAAAAGUCAUACUGACAUGACUUUAAAGACAACUUUCUUUGACGGUAAUUUUGUUGCUAUUAUUUUAUGCUCCUUAGAGAAAGCUAACAUGCCAAAAAAAGUGAAAUUAUGUGUGGGUAAAACCCAUAUUGGGAAAAUACUAAGCUAAAGAUGGUAUCUGGUGAGGUUUGGAGCCUUAUUUUUAAAUACCAAAUUUCCCAAAACUGUGACAUACUCUAUUCCUGGAAUUCAAGGAGAAAAGUAUGUGUCAAUUAAACAACUGUUACAAUUCAUACUAAGCCAAUAUUUGAAAUCACAAUUGCUUAAUUUAGAUGCUGAGAGAAAGCUAGCAUCAUAUUAUGUACUCAGUCCUGUUCUCUAGAGUGACAGAAUGUUCUGAAUAAAAUGUAUAAAGUAAGAAGAUGUUAUAGAAAGAUAGUUCUUCAGAAGUCUUGAUGUUUGUGAAGUUAGUACAACUUGGUAUUUGUAAGCUAACUCAUUUAUUGUUGCACAUUAAAAAUGUGAAGCUUUAGAUUUAUUAUUAAGUAUUUUGUUCCUAACUCCCUCUAAACCUUGUGCUUAAUUUUAAUUUUUUUUAUUCCUUGUUUUAACGUGUACCGUUACUUACGCAUAGCAUAU